AAAAGUCAUUCACAGAGCCCUAUGUUAGGAAAUGAUCUGUUUUUUCAUUGUUUCAUUGUAGCAGUGUUACAGUUGCAGGCAGAUCAUUCAAUAAACCAGACUUUAUUUGGUACAUUUAAAACUCUGUUUGUAGAAGGUAUACAUUGUUACUGGCAGUUAGAAACUACAAAUCAGGGGAACAAAGGAAAAUCCCCUGUGACAGGCUGCAGCUCUGUGAGUUCCUGUAUUAGGUUGGAAUUUGGCUCAUGUACAAUUCCUACAGUGUGCUGCUCUUCCCCAAGCUGGUCAUCAUCAGGAAUCCCAUGUCUGACUGUCCCACAUCACUAACCACAGAGAUAUAUGGAAAGGCUGAGCUAAUCAGACAUUGUGGUGAGAAUAUUUAGACAUGUAGGUCACAGGGGAGAAAGCAGGAAGCACAUUUUGCCGGGGGUAAACUUCUGACCAUUGUGAAGUUCCCAUAGCUGGAUGAAGUGAGGAUGGCUCUGCACUGCAGCAGUUGGCUGUACAAUGAAGGCUCCAAGCACCUCUUACUGUUAUCCUGGCUUGCUGUCAACACAUGGCUGUUUUACAAGACAUUCGUAUUGUACUAUAGAGGUCCACAGUACUAUUACUUACACCAAAUGCUAGGGUUAGGACUGUGUAUCAGCAGAGCGUCCGCUUCAGUCCUGAACCUCAAUAGCAGUUUGAUCCUUCUACCAAUGUGCCGAAUACUGCUUGCUAUGCUCCGUGGAUCGAAAAAGCUUGUUAAAAGGAAAACAAGAAGGCUUUUGGACAAAAACAAAACUUUACAUGGAGCCUGUGGAGUUGCGAUUUGUAUUUUUUCAGCCAUUCAUGUUGGAGCUCAUAUUCACAAUGUGAUAAACUUUUCCUCAAACUUCAUCAACGAUUUUGUAGACUUAAAUGUUGCUCGUUACAAAAAUGAGGAUCCAAGAAAAAUUAUUUUCACUUCUGUUCCUGGAUUAACAGGUGUCUUUAUGGUCUUGAUUUUAUUUCUAAUGAGCACAGCUUCGACAUCUUCAAUCAGGGCUUCUAAUUAUGACAUCUUCUUCUGCACCCACAACCUGUUCUUUAUCUUCUAUGUUCUGCUGCUGAUUCAUGCUUCCGGAGGUGUACUAAAAUAUCAGAGUAAUUUAGAAGAGCAUCCUCCUGGCUGCCUUCAUCUAAACAGAACCAAAAAGGAUUAUAUUCCACUUACAGACAUAUUUGGAGAACAGCUUCCAGAGAUAAGUUCCGGGACCGUGUCAGGACAAGAAGAACUGUUGAUUAAAAAUGCAUCGGAACGAAUAUGCACCAAGCAACCAGUAUUCCAACCACAUUUCCCAGAGACCUGGCUGUGGAUUUCCGGACCCUUAUGUUUAUACUGUGCAGAGCGGCUCUAUAGGUUCAUAAGAAGCAGUAAACCUGUCAAUGUAACUUCAGUGAUACAUCAUCCAUGUAAUGUUGUUGAAAUCCGAAUGACGAAGGAAAACUUUAAAGCAAGACCCGGCCAAUACAUUAUUCUGCAUUGCCCCAGAGUGUCCAGUUUGGAAAACCAUCCAUUUACUAUGACAAUGUGUCCCAAAGAAACAAAUGGAGUAUUUGCAAUUCACAUGAAAGUAGUGGGAGACUGGACAGAACGACUUUGUAAUUUACUGGAAGCAGAUUUUAGCCAAAGAACAGAAAAUCUCCCCAUAUUCCAGAAAAGAAAAAUCCCCAAGAUCUAUAUUGAUGGCCCAUUUGGAAGUCCCUCUGAAGAAGUGCUAAAUUACGAGGUCAGUCUCUGUGUUGCUGGAGGCAUUGGAGUUACACCAUUUGCAUCAAUACUCAACCAACUAUUAGAUUCCUGGAAACACUACAAACUGCAGAGACUCUAUUUUGUGUGGAUAUGCAGAGACAUUCAAGCCUUCCUCUGGUUUGCGGAUCUGUUGUGUGAGCUGCACAAGAAGCUUUGGCAAGGAAAUCGACCGGACUAUUUAAACAUCCAGCUGUAUCUCAGUCAAGCAGAUGGAAUGCAGAAAAUAAUUGGUAACAAAUACCAGGCUUUGAACUCCAGACUUCUUAUUGGGCGUCCAUGCUGGAAACCUUUGUUUGAUGAGAUAGCCAAAUCUAACAGACAGAAAUCUGUUGGAGUGUUCUGUUGUGGACCCAAAGGACUGUCCAAGGAUCUUCAUAAACUAUGCAACAAUCCUAAUUCUUACGGGACAAAGUUUGAGUAUAAUAAAGAAUCUUUCUCUUAACUUGAAUGAACACAAGUCACAGAAGUGCACAUUUUCAUGAUUCAAAGCACAGACACACUAUAGAUGGAAUUCAACCUAACUGAAUAGUUCCAUAUCAAUACUCAUCCCUAUGACUGUGUUCUUUUCUGGUACACUACAAGAGAAAGUUGGGUAGACAAAUGUUUAUAAAUAGCAAGCGUGCCUCCAGUCCAAAGAUUACCAAACUCCAAUAGGUAUAGAUGAUAACGGAAAUGAAUGGGAAUUGGUCUAAAGUGCGUGCAGAUUUAUUGGAUGAAGAGCACCAUUGUACCAGCUUCCAACAGAGCCUUGAUAAAGGGUAUGUUAGGAGCCCAAACGUUGCUGCCCUUCAUUCAAUAAAUCUGCCCACCCUUUAGACCUGUGCUUGGUCGUUUCCUUUAUCGUCUUUUCUAACACACUGACUAAGCAUACAUAAAUUAAAUUAUACCUGUUGGCAGCUAAAGGAUGCUUGGUUAGCAUUUUACCACCUAUUUGGGGACCAUUGAACAAUAUGAUUACAGAUAGGUACGGUAGUUAUAAAAAAAAAAUACAAAAUAUAUGAGCUAAAACUAGACGUGUGUCAUUAAUUUAUUUAAAACAAAUAUCCAUUUUCAUUUAUUUGAUUUGAUGCAUUUUGAAAGAUCAAUGUAGAAAUUCCGAUAGAACCUCAAGAGCAAAUGCUUCACACCAGUCUCAGUAAAAAGUGAAAAUCAUAUAGUAAUAAUUUUAAAUGCAAUAUACAAGGGAAAAUCGAACAAUCAAAGUUAUACCAAAAGGAAUAAAUCAGGUGGAGACAGCUGUAUAAUUCUGUCUAGCUAGUGAGCAAGAAUAAAAACAAACGUGAGA